UGUUCAUUCAUUCGGUGUUCUAAGCGCAAAGACUUUGGAGGUGGCAUCAGAGUGUUUACGGAAAAUUUUUUUGUUUUUCAACUAUUCAACUAAAAUAACAUUGACUACGACGUAUUGAAAUUAUAAAAUGAAAAAUUGUACGGAAAAAAUAUUCCAAUAAUGGAUAUGUGUUUGUUAUGCUUGGAAUUACGGCACGAAACUGUCGAAUGCAUUUAUGUUGCAUCAGAAAUAUGGCAUGUAGAGAAUAUUGAACAAGUGAUAGAACAACAUUUUUGGCCAAUAGAAACUAUACAUUCCCACUCAUGGAUAUGUUCCGCAUGCUGGUUUGUUCUGAAAGAGUUUCACAAUUUCUAUAUACGAAUAGAAGAAGCUCAUGUUGAUUUGACACUUACAAUGAACGCAAUGAACUCCCCUUUGCAUCUACAACCCGAAAUGAUACCUAAUGAAGAAGCGGCUAAUAAGAAUUUAGCAAAAAGUAUCAAAGGAUUGGAUAUUUUUAUUAAUUUAGAAGAUCUCAAUAAUGUGUUAACAACGCAACAACAUUCUGAAUCAGAAAAUCAAUACAUAACACUACCAGAUAACUUGAUGACUCUAAGACCCCUGAAUGGAUCGCCCAGUGGUGUUGGGCAAACUGAAGAACAUCUCCAUGGAGGGAUACAAUCUACCAAAGAAAAUAGAAAAAAUGAGAAUGUGGGUAUUCAACAAGCUAAUACAUUAUUGGACAAAAACAUUCUACCCAGUAGAGAAGUUGAAGAUAGUAAUUGCCCAGAAAUAAAUGAAAUCCAUAAGGUAACCGCUGAAAACCUAUCUGAAAUAGUCCAAACCCAUUCAUGUGAGCCUAAUAGAGAUAUGGAGCUACCUCUUUGUAAAAAUGUCAUUGAACACAGCACUGUUGAUUCUAUGAGCUCUGGAGCUAACGAUGAAGAGCCCAUAAUUGAUGGAGAAAAACCCAGAAAAAGGCUAAAGGAUCCAUUGAAGAGACCUCUAUUUACCAAAAUUCGAAAAAUUCCCAGAAUAACGAUAGCAGCAAAGCAAACUUUAGAAAACGUAGAAGAAUCAAAACACAAGAGGUUUAAUAUUUUGAAUACCAACAACAAGGAGGUUGAACGUAAAGCAACCGAUUUUACAAAUGAUUUGGCGUUAAAUUCCCCAAACGAUAAAGUUCGAAGCAAUAAUGAAAAUAAGCCAAUAAUGGAGCAAAGUGUUACAACAAAACAUUGUAAGGAUACAUCCACAGAAGGCAAUCAGUCACAUGAAACUCCCUUACCAAAAUCUUCAGAACCAAAUAAAUUGGAUACCCCUAAGGUAUCAGUAUGCUACAAUACACGUUCCAAAACUAAAAACAAUGAAACAAAAACAGAAUUUCCAAAGGAUCUUGAAAUGCCUGUAGAUGAUACUCUGCAAUAUCGAGCAGACUCGAAUUCCGAUAACCCAAGCGACCCCGAAAUUUUAUCUGCUUUGGAUAAGUGCAAAGUGCGUUUGAGCACCCAUGAAUAUGACGAUUUUUUGGCAAAAAAUUUUAAAAUUAUUUGCGAUCUAUGCCACGAGGAGGUGAAAACCUUCAGUGAACUUCGCAAACAUUUCAAGGCUAUGCAUAAAAAGCAAGCCUAUGUCCUAUGCUGCAAUAAGAAAUUUAUGCGCCGCAGCCCAUUGGUGGAACACAUUCGAUGGCAUUGUCAGCCCAGUGAGUUUACGUGUAAAUAUUGCGACAAGGUUAUGUCAAAUCGACGUACCUUAGACCUACACCAACGUCAUGUACAUGAAAAGAAAUUUGCCAAGCAUACCUGCGAUAUAUGUGGCAGAUCUUUUGCCUCGAGCAACGUUCUAAAGAAUCAUAAAAUGAUACAUCUAUCGGAGGAGGAGAGAAAAUAUCGCUGUGAUAACUGUGGAAAAAAAUAUGGUUCCGAAACUCUUCUCCAUAAUCAUGUUCGAGCAGUGCACUUGGCUAAGUAUAUUAAAGUCUGUGAUAUAUGUGGCAGAAAAAUUCGUAGUCGCGAUGUUUUCGAGCGACACAUGUUGACCCACAAAGGUUUGACUUUAAGCACUUAUAGCUGUGAUAUAUGCGGUUAUAGGGUGACGGGUAAAAGUGCCCUGAGGCGGCAUAAAAUGUCCAAACAUCCUUUAGGAGGCGUAGUAGAAUACAAAUGCCAUUUAUGUCCGAAAAUAAUGAAUAGUUUGAUGACGCUGCGUAGGCAUGUGCGAUAUAAACAUGAAACCGGUCGAAAUUUUAAAUGUACUAUGUGCCGUAAAGAUUUCAAAAGACGUUCCUCAUUAAGGGAGCACAUGGCUACUCAUACAAAAGAUCCCCUUUAUAAAUGCCCUUAUUGUCCCUUGAAAUUUAACUCAAAUGCCAAUAUGCACAAACAUCGCAAAAAAGAUCAUCCAUUGGAAUGGCUAGAGGAUCGUCGGGCAAAAUAUUCGGGCAAGGUGCCACCAGAUCACAUACAUCCAUGUACUUUGCCAUUGGAAUUGCAACCAACCAUUGACGACAAUGAGCAGCUUCCUACAUAGUACAUGCACAUUGAAGAAUGUGUUAAUAAAUUAUUCGCUGUGGUGGAUUCUUUAGAAUCAAUACGAUGUUUAUUUAUAGAAUCUUUUCUUAAAAGAAAAGUGGUGUUCUUCGAGUGUACUCAAUGGUGUGAGAUAUCACAUAUGCUAAACAAUAAUAAAUACAUACCAGCUAAGUAUAAGAAAACAUAA